AUGGAAAACUCGGAUUCCAACGAUGAAGGAGAUGGAGUUUCGGCCCAACACAUAAGUCAAACGGAACGAUUGGUUCGGGAAGAAGAUUUCUCCAGGUUCGUAAAUAAUCUGAGUGAAGAAGAUUACGAACUUAUGAGAGACAACAAUCUUCUAGGCAUUCCAGGUGAAAGUACGGAAGAAGAGUUGCUGAGAAGACUUCAGCUAAUUAAAGGAAACGCACCACAAGACUCAGAUGAAAAUACAGACAGAGGAGACUCUUCAGAUGACGUGUCUAGUGGUGACUCUCUAAUAGACUGGCUUAACUGUUCUGGACAAACUGAAAAUAUGACAAGUGGACAAAGAGAAAACCAAUCUUGGAGAGAAGAGAGCCUAAUUAAUCCUAAAAGUGAUCAGUUCAUAUUCAGUUUAGAAAUAAAUGUUAACCUUGAUAAUGGGAGUCCAAAUCCAGAGAAUGAAUAUGUAGCAUCUGCAAGACUUCCCAGAAGAGAAAAUAUGGAAGACAGCCAAAGGCAAGUGGAAAGUCCACAAUCUGAAUCAAUAUUUACAAGACCAUCUAUGUCUGAACAAGAUACAACUGAAACAUUAAUGGAAUUCCCACCUACCACAAGUCAGAGAAGAGCAAGAAGUAGGAGCCCAGAGUAUCGGAGAACCAGAGGAAGAAUUGAAAGUUGGUCGCCUCCACGUUCACUUAGGGAAAUUGUACAAAGACUUAAUCAUAGUAUACCCUCUCAGAAUUUUGAGCAGCCUCUGCUAAGUGAGAAUGCGAGAUUUUCUAGAACUGAGCACCAAGAAAUAUUGAGACAGCAAAUGACUGGAUUUGAGUUGCAAAAUAGCGGUCUUAUUGAAACUUCUAGAACAAGGAAUGCCGUUCAUGGAGAAAAUUCUCCAGAUACAACCAGCAGUGGUGAAUCUUGGGGAAUGUGGGAAAUAUAUCCAACCAUAACCUUUAAUCUUGAAGUAGGACAAGUUCAUUCUGGAGCAUAUUCUCAGAGAGACAGCAGAGCUAGUAGAACUCAGUUAACAUCUGAGACACCAAACAACACUGUCACUUCUGAAAGUGAACGAGGACUGAGGCAUAUGUAUUCACAUUCUGAGCAGGCAGGUGUGAGAGCUUAUGUCAAUACCAUUAGAAAUCCCGUUUGCAGAACUUUAAAUACUAGAUUAAAUGAUACAACAUCUGUUCCAAUUCAGAGCACGUUAAGGCAGACAAUGGCAGAAUUUAGUAACUCAAGUAACCUUAUGGACAGUGACAGUAAUUUAGAGCAUAGUGUCUCACCUCCAAGUCAAAACAUGGAAUGGUUAGAGUCACCUAAUGGUAAGUCAUCUAAUGGUAGUAGUAGUGGUAUAUUUGGUUCUGAUUCAAAUGCUAGCUAUGAUACCCAUUCAAGUUUCACACUGAUUUGUCAUUCACGCCCCAAUUGUAUGUCUAGUUCCAGUUCUAGUCCUAUUUCCGGUUCCAGCUCAAGUGAUGAAAAUUCAGGAAUUAGCUCACUGAUGUUUGAAGGCAGUGAAGAAACAAACUUAUCAUCAGACUUAUCAUCAGAGACCAGCCAAGGGGGUAGACAAAUUAUCCUAAUAAUAUCUGAUGAAAGUGACUCUGGGUCCUCCCAUAAUCUGCAACAGUUUUUCCUCUUAAAUGAAGAUGAUCUAUACCAAACUACAGGACUCACCAAAGCACAGAUUGACAGCUUGGCUGUAAGAUCUUUUGGUGAAAAUGAUGCACUAAAAGCCUGUAGCAUUUGCCUUACAGAGUACACAGAAAACAGCAAGCUUCGCAUACUACCUUGCUCCCAUGAAUAUCACAUUCACUGCAUUGAUCGCUGGCUGUCUGAGAACUCUACGUGUCCGAUUUGUCGUAGGCAAGUAGUGGAUUCCAAUGAGAGUGAAAAUCCUGAUCGAUGA